AUGCCAAAACAACAGAUGAUCAGUUUAGUGGUAUUAGUUAUCGGUGUAAAUUCAUACACAAUGUUUGAUGGAAAAGAAUUUCUCGACUCGUGGGCGCUGCUCAACACGGCUGGGACAGACAUCGAGUUGCAGAAGAACUCUACAACCAACUUUCUUGCUGCGACGUUGAGAACUUGGGACACAAUCAGAGUUCAGAGAUCGUCACCAAUGCAGACAGGCGGACAGAAUUUCUUUUCAUUUGAGGUGUACUAUGUCUCUGACAGGGUCAAAACUAUGAGAUUCAGAACCAGACUCUUCUCUGAGGAGUACAACCAGCAGACAGAGACCGAACUCAAACCAUAUGACUACAUAGUAAAGUCGGGUGUCGCAACACGUGUCUACGUCCCAUUGACAAUUGCCGAUGAAAAGGGAACACUCCAGACCUUCUCCAUUCAGCGCAUUGAAGUGACUGACCUCCCAAUCGACUUCAAAAUCACAACCAUCGACCUACAGGCUGAGGGAGUACCAACCACCAACAAAGAUGUUGUUGAUGUCUCAGAUGAUUCUUCUGCAAAUGAAAAAGAGUCUAAAGAAGCCGCGCCAUCCUUGUUAGUUGCUCUGGUUGCUCUUUUAAUCGCUCUUUACUUCUAA